AUGACUUGGUUCCUGUGUCUGUGUGUGUUUGUGGCCGUGGGCCUGGCUUUGUUAGCGCUGCAGCUGAAGCUCAGGGUGUUCGCCCACGGCCCCCGGGAGCCCCCGCGCCUCCCGGCGCUCCCGCUCAUCGGCAGUCUGCUGAGCUUGAGGAGCCCUCACCCUCCACAUGUGCUCUUCAAAGAGCUGCAGGGGAAGUACGGGCCCACCUACUCUCUGAUGAUGGGCUCCCACUGUGUCAUCGUCGUCAACCAUCACGCGCACGCCAAGCAGGUCCUGCUGAAGAAGGGGAAGAUAUUUGCAGGAAGACCCAGAACUGUAACCACAGAUGUUCUGACCAGAGAUGGGAAGGACAUCGCAUUUGGAGACUACAGCGCCACGUGGAGAUUCCACAGGAAGAUAGUCCACGGAGCUCUGUGCAUGUUUGGAGAGGGCUCUGCCUCCAUUGAGAAGAUCAUCUCUGCAGAGGCCCGGUCCCUGUGCUCCGUCCUGUCCCAGGCGGCGGCUGCCGGACUGGCCCUGGAUCUGUCCCCCGAGCUGACCCGGGCCGUCACCAACGUCAUCUGCUCGCUGUGCUUCAACUCGUCCUACCGCCGAGGGGACCCGGAGUUCGAGGCCAUGCUGCACUACAGCCAGGGCAUCGUGGACACCGUGGCCAAGGACAGCCUGGUGGACAUCUUCCCCUGGUUACAGAUGUUCCCUAAUGCGGACCUGCAGCUCCUAAAGCAGUGCGUUUCAAUCAGAGACGAACUCCUACAGAAGAAAUAUGAUGAGCACAAGGCAGACUACAGUGACCAUGUGCAGAGGGACCUCCUGGACGCUCUGCUGAGGGCCAAGCGCAGCGCUGAGAACAACAACACGGCAGAGAUCAGCGCUGAGUCCGUGGGCCUCAGCGACGACCACCUCCUCAUGACGGUGGGGGACAUCUUUGGAGCCGGAGUGGAAACCACCACCACCGUGCUCAAAUGGGCCAUCGCCUACCUCAUCCACUACCCACAGGUGCAGGGGCGUAUCCAGGAGGAGCUGGACAGCAAGGUGGGGGGGGACCGGUGCCCCCAGCUCAGCGACCGAGGCAGUCUACCCUACCUGGAGGCCACCAUCAGGGAGGUGUUACGUAUCCGCCCUGUGGCCCCUCUGCUCAUCCCCCAUGUGGCCCUCAGUGACACCAGCCUCGGGGAGUUCACAGUGAAGAAAGGAACCCGAGUCAUCAUCAACCUGUGGUCUCUGCACCACGAUGAGAAGGAAUGGAAGAACCCGGAGCUCUUUGACCCCGGUCGGUUCCUGAACAGUGACGGCUCCGGUCUCAUCAUCCCGUCCUCCAGCUACCUGCCGUUUGGAGUCGGGGUCCGGGUGUGUCUGGGCGAGGCUUUGGCCAAGAUGGAGCUCUUCCUCUUCCUGUCGUGGAUCCUACAGCACUUCACCCUUUCCGUCCCACCGGGCCACGCCUUGCCCAAUCUGGAGGGCAAGUUCGGCGUGGUCCUCCAGCCAGCCCGGUACAAGGUGAACGCCGUGCCGAGACCGGGCUGGGAGGGGAACCGGUGGGCUUGUUUCACGGCCCAGACAUCACACUCAUAUUGUUGGCAGUGCUUUGUAGAAUAAAAUGUUACUUUGACCAAAGGAGAGAGCCUGAGUGACCUCAACUAACACGGAAACGGAUUAUAACACAACACCUGGCUGUUUUCACUGAA